AUAAGCCAGCGCUCGGUGUGGGAGGCGGUCAGUCGCACGCCGGAGCAGCAGAGAGCAGGAAGCCCCCGGCCCCCCCCUCCCAGCGGCACUCGCACCUUUUCCACAGCGGAGGGCCGACAUUCCCGAGCAGGAAUACGCACAGCUGGACUUUUACGCGCACACACACACACGCGCGCGCGCGCGUACGGAUUAAAACUUUCCCCUGCACUGGGCGGAGUAUGACCCUGGUUUUGGGGACAGUCGGAGGCGACCCCCCCCCACCCCCCCCGCCCCCCCCACCCCACAGCCGGGCGCGCUCCGCUUGCUAACCGCGCGGCGCGGGAGGAGACGCUACUGAGCACGUGCGAGGCGUUUCUCUGAGGAGCCCCGACCCCUGGGGAUCAAUACCAUGGAGCAUUUGGAUUACCGCGGCAACGGCGACCACACCCGAUCGCAGGCCUCCUAUUGGACCUGACGGAGAAGGCGUCAGGAGGCAGGCAGGGGAUCCAGGGGCGCGACGUUUGGCAGGAUGUUCGUGAACUUGAGGAGGAUCAGGAAGUGGCAGUGUGUGCGGCUGAUGCUGAUGACCACGGGCCUGACCAUGUGCAUGCUGCUGGUGAGCUGGGAGCAGCUGGACCACCAUGUGGUCAGCCACAUGCGCUCCUACUCCUACCGCUACCUGGUCAACAGCUACGCCUUCCUCAACAGCAGCUUCAGCGUGGGCCACGCCCGAGCCCGGGCCCUCGCCGACCCCCCCUACCUGAUCGACCCCGAGCGCAAGUGCGCCGGCGACGACGUGCUGCUCCUCCUCUUCGUCAAGUCGUCGCCGAAGAACGUGGAGCGGCGCGGGGCGAUCCGGGCCACCUGGGGCAACGAGACGUACGUCCGGCGGGAGCUGGGCGCCGCCGUGCGGGUGCUGUUCGCCCUGGGCGUGCACCCCGACGCGCGGGAGCGGGCGGCGGUGCAGCGGGACCUGCUGCGCGAGGACGCGCUGCACGGCGACCUGGUGCAGCAGGACUUCCUGGACACGUUCCACAACCUGACGGCCAAGCUGCUGCUGCAGCUGCGCUGGGCCCACGCCCGCUGCGCACGCGCCCGCUUCCUCAUGUCCGCCGACGACGACGUCUUCGUGCACAUGCCCAACCUGGUGCGCUACCUGCAGGGCCUGCGGCGGGACGGGGCGCGGGACCUGUGGGUGGGGCGUGUCCACAGGGGGGCCCCGCCCAUCCGCCGCAGGGACAGCAAGUACUACAUGUCCCACGACAUGUACCCCUGGACGUCCUACCCGGACUACACGGCGGGGGCGGGGUACGUGGUUUCGGGCGACGUGGCGGAGAAGCUGUACCGGGCGUCGGCCACGCUCAACUCCUCGCUCUACAUCGACGACGUCUUCAUGGGCAUCUGCGCCAAGGUGGCGGGCGUGGCCCCCCAGGAGCACGCGUACUUCUCGGGCGAGGGCCGGGCGCCGUACCACCCCUGCAUCUACGGCGAGAUGAUGACCUCGCACGGUCACGUGACGGACAUACGGCAGCUGUGGGCGGCGGCCACGGGCCCGGCGGUGAGCAGGGCAGGCUCCGGGCUGACGGGAUGGCUGUACUGCACCGUGGUCAAAGCCCUGCUGCUCUGCAGGCCGAACGCCGGAGACCACCUGAGCCCUCCAUGCGAGAACUGCCCAUCCCAGAGGCUCCCAAUACCCUGCAGAGAGCUGCCCCCAACUACCCCUGCAGAGAGCUACCCCCCAACUACCCCUGCAGAGAGCUGCCCCCAACUACCCCUGCAGACAGCUGCCCCUAACUACCCCUGCAGGCACUUCAGAGCAGCUGCCCAUACCGCAGAGAGUCCCCACUACCGCGAGCUGCCCAACUACCCUGAGACAGUGCCCUACCCCUGCAAGGCAGCCUUCACAGAGCGAGAACUGCCCCCGGACUCACCCCAGCUCCUGCAGCAGGGCGGCAGCCAUGCUAUUGGCUGCGAACAGAACGCUGCUGGGGCUCUCCUGCAUCGUUUGGCUCAUCUGUCGGGAGUGAAGGGGAAGCUGUUCGACACCCUGUCAGCGUUCUCAGAGAAGAGAUCUUCAGGAUGA